GCUGUGCCUGGCCAGUCUUGGGGGAGGAGCCGCAUUACAUACACUUGGAGGCUUCCGCCGAAGAGAAGAAGCUUGGAGGUAAUGGCUGUCGUAAAAGCUAGUUAUUUUCUGUAAUUUCUGGAAACUUUCGAGUAAAGGGGUUACUCAGCGCCUUCGAAGAAUUGCUUUUUUAUGGAUGGUCAGAGGGCUAUCUUUGUCUACAUCUCUACCUAUCUAUCAGAAGAAUUUUACAUAUCUUUAGAGGUUUUUGGAAACACGUAAUGGAGCUGAGAGGGAGCAAUCCAUUUUGUUACAGAUAUUUAAAUAGACACCACACACACUCCAUUGUCUUUAUCUGAAGGUGGAUCUGAGAAGGCUGGUUAUCUGGUUACUUGGGCUUUUCUUGCAAUUCAGAUAUUUAGACUAUUGUCCAGACUUUGGUUCAAGCAGAAGCCUAGGUUAAUAUCAAAGAUACACAUGACCUGGGGAAUCUGCAUGUGAUGCCAUUUGAGCCCCAGAAAGGCAGUGUGACCUCAGAAGUGCUGAGCAGGGAGAAGACUGUGCUGGACAAGCAGCUGGAGUGAGAAUCAAGACAACCAGAUCACAGGACCAGAGCCUCCACCAUCCAUGAGAUACUAGGGAAAGGCCCCCUACUUUCUCCAUCACAGGGAGGGGGCGGAGCAUUCUCUGAGAAGCUUGGAAGUGAGCUGUGCCUGGCCAGUCUUGGGGGAGGGGCUGCAUUUCACGAGGCUGCAGCUGACAAGAAGCUUCAAGCCUAGGUUAAUAUCAAAGAUACACAUGACCUGGGGAAUCUGCAUGUGAUGCCAUUAGAGCCCCAGAAAGGCAGUGCGACCUCAGAAGUGCUGAGCAGGGAGAAGGCUGUGCUGGACAAGCAGCUGGAGUGAGAAUCAAGACAACCAGAUCACAGGACCAGAGCCUCCACCAUCCACGUGACAUUGGGGAGACGCCUUCUGUCAUCCCCAUCACAGGGAGGGGGCGGAGCAUUCUCUGAGAAUCUUGGAAGUGAGCUGUGCCUGGCCAGUCUUGGGGGAGGAGCUGCAUUUCACCAGUCUGCAGCUGACAAGAAGCUUCAAGUUUCCUCCAUAUUGUCCCAUUCAAACCACGUGUUCACGCAUCCUUGGGAAAUUUAGCUGGAGAAGAGCAGGCCACACAAGCUGUAUACCCUUUGUAGUUCUAAGACAAAAGAGGCUUUGAUCAGAGUAGUAGAACUGUAGAAACUUCCUUAGCAGUGUCAAGAAUAGCCAGACACCUCAAGUUCUGAUAGUAACCUCUUGGCACACAUAUCUAAAUCAUAAUGGAUGCUGAAUAUGUCCUGUGCAAUUGGAAAGACCGGUUAUGGCCAGCAAAAGUUUUGUCUAGAUCUGAGAUGUCAUCAGACAGUAAGAGAAAAAAGACAUUUUCCCUAGAAGUUCAAAUACUCUCACUGGAUGAAAAAAUUAACGUGGAAAGCACAGAAACAAAGAUUCUAAAUAAAUCUCAAAUUGAAGCCAUUGCCUCCUCACUAGCAGCACAGUCAGAAGUCAGUGAUCCACCUAGAAGGGAAACAGCCUAUGAAAGGUCACUAAAAGUGGCACUGGAUAUUCUGAAUGAAAGAACAAAUUUGAGUCAAGCAAGCAGUUCAGAUGAAGAAGGAACCACUACUCUGUCUCAAGAUGAUCCACAAAAGCUUUCUGAUUCACGCCCUCGUAAAAAGUAUCGGAAACAUGAAGGAGAUGAAGGAGACUUAUCAAAGUGUCUUGAGGAAAGUGAAAAUGCAACAUCCCUGUUAGUAGCUAAUUUAGAGAAUAAUGAUUCCCUGUGUGAUGAUAAAUCACAGGUGCGUGCAACCAUUGAUAGUCUCACAAGUGAAAUGGAAACAAAGUCAUCAGAAAACUCCGGCUGGUAUGAAACUUUUCCUUCACUUUCAGAAGAUGAGGAUGAAAAGGAAAGCAAGAAAAAGAUUGAUAUCUCGGCAGUUAUGCCUCUGUAUUCCACAAUCAAAGAAGAAGAUGUAUGCGUUAAAGAUGAAAAGUUCACUCCAACUUGGCCAUCAGACACCUUCAUUGUGCCCAAAGUUGAGAAAGAGGAGGCAAAAGAUAUUUGCCCAGAGACUCUGGCUGUUUCCUCUGAAUGCCCUACUUUCUCAGAGAAUAUUGAAGACCCUGGAGAGGGUCCCUCAAAUCCGUGCUCAAGUACCAGCCAGAAUCAACCUGUGGAAUCAGAAGCAGGUGCUGCAGCAUCCCCCAGGCGUUGUUCAUGGGAAUGUCAGGUUUCACAUAGUGCCUCUAACCGUGUCCUGGAUUAUUCACUCCUUCUUAUGAAUAAUGAAACAAAUCUUCAGAGACUGGAUUUUGAAGAACUUGGGGAAGAACUUCAAGCUUCUGAUAAGUCAGCACAGCUAAAUCCUAUUGAUACUUCCAUAUUAGAUGACAACGAGGAAGAUGAAGAACUUCCACGCUUUGUUUUUAAUUAUGAGCCUCGUUCAUUUGAAACAGGAAUGAUAGUCUGGUUUAAAUAUCAAAAAUAUCCAUUUUGGCCAGCAGUGGUGAAAAGCAUCAGGCGAAAAGAGAGAAAGGCAAGUGUGAUUUUUGUUGAGGUAAGCAUGAAUCCUGAAAAGAGAGGCAUUAGGGUGCCUUUUAGAAGAUUAAAGAAAUUUGAUUGUAAAGAGAAACAAGCACUAGUGGAGAAAGCCAGGGAGGAAUACAGUGAAAGUAUUGACUGGUGCAUCUCACUGAUUUGUGACUACAGAGUUAGACUAGGUUGUGGUUCUUUUGCAGGCUCUUUCCUUGAGUAUUAUGCUGCUGAUAUUAGUUAUCCACUUAGGAAAGUAAUCAAACAGGACACCUUUAGGAACUUAUUUCCAAAGCUGCAUAAUGAGAAUUCUGGGGAACAGAUGGCUGUGACUUCCCAGACCAAGAAAAUGUCCUUCCAGAAAAUUCUUCCUGACCGAAUGAAGGCUGCUCGGGACCGAGCCAACAAGAACCUAGUGGACUUCAUUGUGAAUGCAAAGGGGACAGAGAACCAUCUUCUAGCCAUUUUAAAAGGCACGAAAGGGUCCAGGUGGCUGAAGUCGUUUUUGAAUGCAAAUAGGUUCUCUCCCUGUAUUGAAACAUACUUUGAGGAUGAAGAUCAGUUGGAUGAGGUGGUGAAAUAUUUACAAGAAGUCUACAAACAAAUAGAUGAAAAGAUGCUGACUCUGAUAAGAGAUGAUAAAAUUAAAUUUAUCCUGGAAGUUCUUCUGCCAGAAGCAAUCAUUUGCUCAAUUUCUGCUGUUGAUGGAUUAGAUUACAAGGCAGCUGAAGCAAAGUAUCUAAAGGGACCAUCCCUAGGAUAUAGGGAAAGAGAAUUAUUUGAUGCAAAAAUCUUAUUUGAAAAGAGACGGAAACCAUUAACAAAUGAAGCUCAAUAAAUCUCUUGAGAGUCCAAACCGUAACAGGAAACUUUCAUAGAUAUUAGCUUCAAAAAGUCACUGAACAAUUCUAACAUAUAUUUUCCAGAAACGGGAGAGUUUGAGUACUGUGUUCACUUUUUUUUUGCCAUCUCUAAGAUUUGCAAAUAUUACUACAUUUUUGUUUCCUUUUCUUACGUUUCUUCAGAGUCAGUUUUAUUAACAUAUAUCAGCAGUUUUCCUUUACUGUACAUUUUUAGAAUGCAUAAUUCCUAAAUUAUUUUUAAAGGAAAGUACUGUUUUGUUUUUUGACAUUUUUUUGUGUCUCUGCUGUAUAGUUAAAUACAGUGUGCACAAUCAUUUUAAUAUUAAAAUUGCACUGGUGUUAGAUAUUAAGGGAGAGAAUGAAAAAAAGUCAAAAGAACAUCACAUAUAUUUUUUGCUUAAUUUUUAUAAAGUAUUAGGUUUUGUCUUAAGAUAGUUGAAUUAUUUUUCCUGCCAUGCCUAUUUAUUUUUGGAAAAAAAUAACUCUGAGACAUGGAACCAAAGAUAGAGAGAUGCUUUGCUAUAUAUUAUAACUAAUUGCAACUGCUUUUGCAAGAAAACAGUCUGGAAUUCAAAAAUAAAGUAAAUAGAUUUCCUGCAUGCAAUCUAUAUGUGUGUGAAUAACAUCUCAGCAUGCAGAAAAUAAUUUUGGCAGCCUUGAACAGGAUUGUUCAUUUUAUGUUUCCCUGAAAUUCCAUUUUUGAGGGUGUCUGUUAUUCAAUAGCUGAAGGGUUUCUUAAAACAGGCUUUUGGCUGUCUUCAUUACUAACAGUGACUAUAUCUUAAUAUAGCCUUCUGACCACAUGUGGAAGGCACCUAGAGUCAUUGUAUUCACAGUCUGGCUACUCUAGAUUAGUGAGUCUAAGCUAAUUGCUUAAGAGCCCAUCUAGUUUGAUAUAAACUAUAGAAAAUGCAAGCACUUUGUUCUGAGUCUUGUAUCUCUGAAUACAUACAAACCAAGCAAUCUUUAUCAUCUUUUUCGUGAAAUAGUUCAAAUUGGUUCCAAUAAUAUAAAUGCCAACUGGUAAAUCAUUCUCAGCUACUAGAAAGAGUAGACGGAGCAGAAUCUGUGAAUUUGGAAAUGAGUCACAGAAAAGGCCUCCAUUUGGCCAAAGUUGACAAUUAUCUGAAUAUGUUUUAAAAUAAACAACUAAAAGUUAAUGUUUGAAGCCAAUGAUUUUUAUUUUAUUUUAACUUGAAACAAGACUUCAGUGAGAAUAAAUGUUAGGAGAGCUACUUUAUUUUAAAACCUUGACAUAAAAAUAAAUGCUAAAGGCUUAACAUGAACCUGUCUGCAUUUUUACUGAGUGAGACAAGUGUCACUCUUGGGUUUUUGUUAUGUGUACACAUGGCCACAUGUUUAUGUAAAAUUUGCAAAUGUUUGAUGUUUUGAUUGCAAUAAAGCUAUUAUAUCUUUCA